AUGUCGAUUUUCACAAAAAACCGUACGCAACGAGAGAACUUUAUCGAUGGCACACAAAUUACAUGGUUUGAACCUCUUGCAGUUGAAACAGCAAGAAGUUCAAGUGAUAUGUUUGCCCCAAACGUUUCACGACAUUAUGAUGGGCAAGCUGCUACACUUCUGUGGAACUUUAGUCUUUCUCAAGAUCUAAGCUUCAAUUCAGUGGACAUUGAAUUCAAUUCUGAUGAUAUAGUGAGACUUUUGCCAAAUGGAGGAAGUGGUGGGAUAACUGCUGCAUUCCUGGACCGCUUCGGUGUGAAUUGGACUCUCCCUGGAAGAGUUGCUUUGGUUAUUUCUAAGGUUACAAGUGCUGAUGAUAAGGUGAACGGAGCAUUUAGCUGUGUGGUGCGCACUUUAACUGAUGGGGACUGGAGGCGUAAGAUUCAAGUGGAAGUUGUAGCUCCAGUAACAACCCCUGAAAUUGGAGGUGAACGAACUGUUCGCGAAGGCGGUAGCCUACAGUUAACCUGUGAAGCUUCGGGUAAACCAGAUCCAAACAUCACUUGGACCCGAGGCAAUCCAGGGAACCAAGGAAAUAUUGGUGUGAAGCAAGAANUGAGGCUUACAUGCCGGUCAUUAUGA